UGGAGGGCGUUUCUUGCCUGAUGAUUUUGAGAAUGAGGAAGCGGACGAUAACAUUGCAAGGAGGGCAAAAAGCCAAGGAGGGGACAGUGCAGGGAGUCGAUGAGUUUCAGGGGAGAGUGAAAGGGGUGCCAACGGCGAAGAGGGGAGGCCGGGUUGCCGGCAGGAUGAACUUAUUAGAACUUGUAGCGGUACAAAAUCGCGAGGGGUGAGGCGUUGCUUUGCUACCUUUCAAAACAUAGGUGAGCGUGAGCCGGUGAUUCAUUUUGAGGAAAAAGGCAAAAAAUAAUAGAAAAAAAAAAAAAAAUUAGAAGAAAAAGCAAGGAAAUGGUCUGAAAGUGGGGGGUAGAUGAAGCAGCAACUAGACUGGGAGGAAACUGCAACGACUGAUGAAGAUGAACACCAAAUCCCUAAAACUCAUCAUCUUUCUCUUCAUCCUCAAUUCGAUCACCCUUUACCUCUACUUUUCUUCUCACCCCGAUUACUUCCGCCGCCGCCGUACAACCCAAAACAUUCCUAAUUCCAUACCACAAUUUCACUCACCCUUUUCCGAUCGCACCCAUCUCGUUUCUUUGUCAAAUUCCAAUAAACCCUGGCCCAUCUUGCCUUCUUACCUGCCUUGGUCUUUAACCCCUAACAUCUCUUUUAGAUCCUGUGAAGCCUAUUUUGGUAAUGGAUUCACUCAUCGUGUCGAUCUGCUCAAGCCCUCGCCUGAAAGUAACCGUAAAGUGGGUAAUGGUGGAAGAGGAUGGUUCCGGUGCUUUUAUAGUGAGACUUUGCGGAGUUCCAUAUGCGAGGGCGGAACGAUGCGGAUGCAUCCAGACAAAAUUAAGAUGUCCGCUGGUGGGGAGGUAUUGGAGAGUGUGAUUGGCAGGGGGGAGGAGGAAGAGUUGCCGGAGUUUGAAUUCGGAGCCUUUGAUCUGGAGGUUACUGGGAAUUCCAAGAAUCAUGGUAAGAAGCUUGCUACUGAGGGUUUUUUGAACGAAUAUUUGCAGAAAGGAGAGAUCUCAAGACAUACUAUGCGUGACUUGGUCGAUUCAAUUCAGUUAGUUGGCGCCAAUGAAUUUGAGUGCUCUGAGUGGGUUGAGGAGCCAACACUGCUGAUCACUCGGUUUGAGUAUGCAAACAUGUUUCACACAGUCACAGACUGGUACAGUGCCUACGUGUCUUCCAGAGUCACUGGCUUGCCAACCCGACCUCAAUUGGUGUUCAUAGAUGGUCACUGCAUGACGCAAUUGGAAGAAACAUGGAAAGCUGUGUUCUCAGGUGUAAGAUAUGCUAAAAACUUGAGUGGUCCGGUUUGCUUUCGUCAUGCGAUCCUGUCGCCUUUAGGUUAUGAAACGGCCAUGUUCAGGGGUCUGUCUGAAAACAUCGAUUGUUAUGGGGCUGCUUCUGCCCAUGAUCUUUGGCAUAACCCAGAUGAUAAGAAAACAGCCAGAAUCACAGAAUUUGGGGAGAUGAUAAGAGCUGCUUUUGCACUUCCUUUACACACUAGUCAUAAACACAGCUCACGCACCCACAAUGUUCUUUUUGUGAGGCGUGAGGAUUAUUUGGCUCAUCCCCGCCAUGCUGGCAAGGUUCAGUCCAGACUUAGUAACGAACAGCAAGUGUUUGAUGCCAUACAGAGUUGGUCCCUGCUGAAUCAUACAGAAUGUAAAGUGAAUGUUGUUAAUGGGUUGUUUGGACAUAUGUCUAUGAAAGAGCAAGUCAGAGCCAUUCAAGAUGCUUCUGUUAUUGUGGGUGCUCAUGGGGCUGGAUUGACUCACAUUGUGUCAGCAGCACCAGAAGCAGAAAUACUGGAGUUGAUUGCUAGUGAGUUUCGGAGGCCUCAUUUUGCACUCAUUUCUCAAUGGAGAGGCCUCAAUUAUCACCCUAUAUUUCUCUCUGGAUCUCAUGCUAACCCAACACUUGUUAUUGACAAGCUCCGUGACAUUUUCAAGACCUUAGGAUGCUAAUCAUAACUAGAGUUUAUGGAAUUUGUUUUGAUUGAAAGUUAGUUGACAGUAGAUGAUGAUGACGUUGAGUUGGAGGGUUGGAGUCAGCAUAGCAUUACCAUGGAUGCUACUGCUUUUCAGCAAAAGAUUUGAUAUGUUGUUGAAAUGUAUAGGAUAUAAUGCACACAGAUUGAGAUUGGAUUGGAUGGAUACAUUACGUAAUUACGAUUUGUAUGUAAACAUGUCUUGGGUCUUGAUUGCGACUUUUGGGCAAAUGCAAAGAAAGCUCCUAUAUAUACCUCAUUUUCCAGACCAAAUUUUCUUUUAGAGAACUGCAUAAAUGGCC